UUGACCCUCCGUCAUCAAUUGCGCAUGGACAAUUCCAGAAUGAACUCUUACUUGGAGUACACAAUUUGUAACCGUGGGACGAACGCCUACUCGCCCAAAUCUGGAUUCCACCACUUGGAUCAAGGGUAUUCGGGCCCUUUCCCCACGGGUAACGGCACUACAAAUGACAGCUUCACCCCUGAUGGACGACAUUUCGUGGGAAGCAGCAGUUCAGCAGCGGCCUCCCAACAUCAGCACCAGAACAGCAGUUAUGCGCAUCACCAACCUCAGACUCAUCACACGUCUAUAGGCCUACCUUACAGUGGCACCGCUGCCACCGGUUAUGGACCGCAGUCGUGCGCCAGUCAGGACUAUGGACAUCAUCAGUACUACAUAAACCACGAGCAGGACGCAAUGUACUAUCAAUCACAAGGCUUCACCGCUCCCAAUGUCGGACCAAACUACGGAUCGCUAGCCGGUGCUUACUGUGGAGCGCAGGGGGCCGUUCCUUCAGCCCCUUAUCAACAUCACAGCUGCGAGGGUCAAGACCAUCAGCGGGGUUAUUUACAAGGCACAUAUGCAGACAUAUCGGUCUCUCAGGGCAGAGAAAGCUUAACAGAUCAGAAACAAGCAGGGAAGACUUUUGACUGGAUGAAAGUCAAAAGGAACCCUCCGAAAACAGCAAAAGUGACAGAUUACGGACUGGGCCCACAGAGCACCAUCCGGACCAACUUCACAACGAAGCAGCUGACGGAGCUCGAGAAGGAGUUUCAUUUCAGCAAGUACCUCACGAGAGCGCGGCGCGUGGAGAUAGCCGCCACGCUCGAGCUGAACGAGACCCAGGUGAAGAUCUGGUUUCAGAACAGACGGAUGAAGCAGAAGAAGCGCGAGAAAGAAGGACUUGCUCCUGCCACGAGCGCAACCAAGGAUUUCGAGGAGAACUCUGACCAUUCCACCUCCACGUCCCCCGGGGCGUCACCGAGCUCCGAGACUUAA